CAGCCCGCGACUCUUAACGCGAUUCCAACGACGUGACAGCUCGACACUCCUACACAUUGGCCGCAACAUCACAUUCAACAACUUCCUCUAGGUCGGCUGCACCAGCCUUGUCCUUGCCCGCAUGCUCCGCCCUCCUGGCAUCGCUGUGUGCCGUCGGAUUCCAAGCCGCGGCCGCUUGCGACCUCCACCACAGACGCGGUCGUUGCAUGCACGACCGCAAGAUGCAUUGCCGCAGCCGACCCCACCGCCCGCCCAAGGGCCGAACAUGCGCCCUUUCUCCCGUUCGGACGUUCUGCAAAGGCCCCGACUCGACACAACUGUGGACCAUAGCCGGAGCAGCGAGGGCGGGAGCCUCCAAGACGACCGCGAAGACAGCGGAACCGACAUUGGGCGGGAAUUCACCCUUGAAGUGCAGCCUGAGCCAGAGUUUAAUCGCGCCGAAGACAUGCGCCGCGCACGUACUGGGCCCAGUUCCUCGCCAGCAGAGGAACUCGACGCAUCCGCGACCGCCGUUGCCCGUGUGCCCCUUCCUGAGCCGCUCGUGGUGACACCGAAGCGUGUGCGCCAGCCGUUCGAUACACAUCGCUUCGUCUCCAAGCUUAAUGCAGCGAGCAUUGACCCCGAUGUGUCGAGGGCACUUAUGGAGAGCGUGAGAGGUCUUAUUACCCAGCGCGUGGACCGCGCAGCCACGAACAUGCUCAGCAAGGAGGAGCUGGACAACCAAGCAUACCUAUUCAAAGCAGCUCUAUCCAAGCUCCGCACCGAAUGGAACGUGCGGAACCGCAACACAGGCAUUGCGGGGAGAAAUGCACUUAGCGCGAUCCGGAGAGACCUAGAUGGUGUAGAGCUCAAAAUGGGCGAGGAUGUCCAGAUGCUCAAGCACGACAUCGAGCUUGACAUGGGCAACCGCAAGACGGACAUCCGCAGCGACAUGAAGCAGACGAGCAUCAAUAUUCAGGAGAUCAACAACCGAGCCACCAUCAGCAUCGGGGACCUGAAGACGGAGAUUGAGAGCGCCAAGUGGGAGGCGACGCGACGCGCCAUUGCCAUCAUCGUCGUGCUGGUGGUUUUUGGAGUCGUCAUUUCCACCGUGACCUUCGGCGAGAGCAAGGUUCCGCCGGUGCUCAAGCCCGACCCUGCCGCUCACCCCGCGUCAUGGACGCCAGCGCCUACGACACGCGACAUCGGAGUUGGUUCUGACGAAGACUCGUUCGACUACGAAGCGCGGAUCGAUAAGCUGCUUGAUAAGGUGGAGCGGCCCGAACGGCCCGAAGGGAAGCGGGAGCCCAAGCGCUCCCGCCGCUCUUCCAAACCGGAGCCCUUCUCUGAGGCCGAGCGCAUCUGAUUAUCUCCGUCAUUGUUGUUGUCAUAGUAGUAUGCAUGCGGUACUUGCUCU